AUUGUUUUUCCUUGAAUGAAGUAAACAGAGGUGGAUGGCAGGUAAUCGUGAUUGCUGAUGUAAAGAUUGACAUUAAACGCAAUGUUGGCUUCUAAAGAUAACUACAUUUUAGAAUUGGGAUCAGAUGCUGUCAGGUUUGAACCUGUGAGUAAACUUACAAAUGUGUUUUAUGAUGAUGCCAAUCGGCAAGUAUUUUCCGUUCGCUCUGGUGGAACAACGGGUGUUGUUGUCAAAGGACUAUUGGACAAAACAUCAUAUAGCUUUCGCAUGGUUGAUAAGGGAGAUGUAAUGUCUAUAAAAUUUUCUCCUGACAAAAAGAUUCUGUCAGUUCAAAGAGGUUAUAAAUCCAUUGAAUUUAUCAACUUCAAUGGAGAACCAGAUAAUCUUGAAUAUUCCCAAAGCUGUAAGGUGAAGAAUAUGAAAAUAUUAGGAUUUUCUUGGACACAUGUCAAUGAAAUAGUUUUCGUCAUGGAUCGUGGUAUUGAACAUUUUCAAGUUAUACCCGAAAAACAUACUCUAAAGUCUUUGAAAAUGUACAGUGUGUCAGUCAAUUGGUACGUUUAUCAUCCAGAAAGUUCUUUGUUGUUGCUAUCUUCUGGGAGUUUGUGCAACACCAUGCAUCCUUUCCAGUUCCGACCAGGUUCUGUUUAUAAGUUAUCAAAAUUUGAAAUAGAUCUCCCAGCUGCUCCCAAAACUCAGAAAAUAAGUCUUUUGGAAAGAGAUGUUAGUAUUGGUACAGUGUAUAAUAAAACAUGUAUAUUUGUUUUACGUCAUCAGCCUCGAUCAGCAGGGAUACCAGGUGCAGAGAUUGCUAUUUACAGCAUGAUGAAAGAUGGUCCUCCUCGUAAAACUGAUAUUCUUCGUUUAGAUAAGAGUGGACGUUUUGCAAUAAAUGUUAUCAAUAAUAUCAUUGUUGUUCAUCACCAAGCAUCUAAAGAAUCUAUGUUGUUUGAUAUACAGAUCCCUUGUGAAUCAGAUGGCUAUGUCUGUGAGCAUACACCUAUUGUCAGAUGCCCAAUUAAACCUUUUAUGAUAAAAAUCCCAGCAAUGCCUAGUCAUAGCCCAACUAUGGAACAAGAGAUUGGAUGUGAGUUAUACUCUCCUAACUGGGUUGUCUUUCAACCCAAUAUUAUUAUUGAUCCAAAAUUGGGAUAUUUGUGGUAUGUAGUUAUGAAUAAUGAACCUAUAAUUGAUAUCAUAUCAGAUAAGUGCUUGCUGAUUAAUUUUUUGUUGUUGCGUCAAAACUCAAAAUCUCUUAUUUUAAAAGUUUGUCAUGAUGCUAUACUACCUGGAGCUUCAUUACCUCUUGCUACGUUAGCAAAAAUUUUUGAUAAGUUAAAUGCUGUGUAUAGACAUAAUAUCGAUUUACAAAAAUUGGAUCAGAAGCACAGUCCUCAGAAUGUGUCUAUAUUUAGACCAACGACUAUGGUGGACCAAUCUGACAUGUAUUCUCAUGUUUUUUCUGUCUUUGAGGGUGAAAAUGUUAAUUACAAAUUUUCCAUAUCUGUUUUACUUGAGUAUAUCCGUUCUUUGAUUCAAUAUCAGCAGUUUGUCCAGCAUUAUUUGUGUAAGUUACUCAUUAAUAUAUUAGUUCAAAAUAAACAGUUUUAUCAGCUUCAUCAGUUUUUGCAAUAUCAAAUCCUUAAUGAUUCAAAACAGUUGGUAUGUUUGAUGUUGUCGCUUCAAGGGGUUUAUCCACCUGCUUAUCAACUUGCUUUAGAUAUGUUAAGAAGAUUACAAAAUUCUAAUGAAGAAAUUGUUGAGGUUCUAUUAUCACAGAAGAAGAUUCUCCAAGCCUUAUCUUUUAUUAGAAGUUGUGGUGGAAUAGAUGGAUUGUCAGCACAAAAAUAUCUAGCAGCUGCCAAACAAACUGGAGAUCCUAGAAUUUUCUAUUCUGUAUAUAAAUUUUUUGAGCGGAGGAAUAUUCGUCUCAGAGGUUCCCCAGAUUUUGAAGCAGGGGAACACUGUGAAGCAUAUGUUAAAUACUUUAACACUUUUUAUGGAAAUCCAUCUCUAGAUGGUGGGUUUGAUUAAAUAGAUUCUCAAUUUAAGUCUUAAAUUCAAGUUGCAACUUUCAAUAUCUGCCAAUUCUCUAAUUAAAGUUAAUUUUUGUCAUUCCAAUGUUCUAAUAUUUUUAUUUUUUAAAGAAGAUAUUCUCAAAAUCUGUUUUUUUCUUAAAUUAAUGAAUGAAUAAUGCUUGACAUAUUGAUUUUUAAGUAUGUAAGUGCUUCAAUCUAAAAUGUUUUUAAAUUUUUUUUCUCCUUUUUGUUUU